UUUCCUCUCCAAUUCUAAAUCCCAACUGUUCAAACAAUGAAUCAGAGUUUAAAAGUUGCACUACUCACUCUUGCUUUCAUUUUUUCUCUCCCAUUCUUUUUACCAGAUGAGUGGUCAAACAGAAAGAUCUUAGGUAAAAAUGAAAUGGGUAUGGAGGAAACUGAGAAGAUGGUUUUGGGUUCAAGGCCUCCUAGGUGUGUGAACAAAUGCAUGAAGUGUAAUCCAUGCUUGGCUACGCUGGUUAUUUCUCCUCACCAAACUAGGGUUUUCGGGACAACAUCUCGCCGGGAAGAAGGUGAUGAUCGUGCUUAUGAUGAUCCUUAUUAUCUCCUCUCAUGGAAAUGCAAAUGUGGGAAUAAGCUCUUUGAACCUUAAUUUUCUCAUAAUACACAAUCAAUAUUGAUAUUUUUAA